CAAUAUAAAUACUGGCCGCCGAAACUGUUUCAGUAUCAAAUUCAAUUCAACCAUCUUCGCAAGAAGAACAAACAGCUAAGUAGCUAAACAACUUUUGUGUGUGAUAAUUCAAAACCCAAAUAAGUGAAUAUACAAAAUGAAGUGCUUUGCAACGAUAGCUCUCCUUGUCUGCGUCUCACUCGCCCGUGCCGAACCACCAGUGCCCCAAAACCAAUACUUGCCCCCCAACCAAGGUGGUCAACAGCCCUCCAGCCAAUACCUGCCGCCCACCCAAGCAUUCCAGUCGCCCUCCAACAACUACCUGCCCCCACAACGUAACGGCGGUGCCGCCGGUGCGCCACCCAGCAGCAGCUAUGGUGCGCCCGCUGCCGGUGCGCCCAGCUCUCAGUAUGGUGCUCCAGCUGCGCCCAACUCACAAUAUGGUGCUCCAGCUUUGACCGGUGCUAUCUUCUCCAAGCAGCAAGGCGGUAAUGGCGGUUAUGGCAGCGGCAACGGCAAUGGCGGCUAUGGUGGCGAGGAACAAUACGGUCCCGCUAAAUACGAAUUCAAAUACGACGUACAAGACUACGAAUCCGGCAACGAUUUCGGACACAUGGAACAACGCGAUGGUGAUUUGGCUGUUGGCCGUUACUACGUGCUCUUGCCCGAUGGUCGCAAACAGAUCGUCGACUACGAGGCUGAUGGACAUGGCUACCGCCCAACCAUCCGUUACGAGCAGGUCAACAACGGUUUCAACGGUAAUGCCGCCGGCGCCGCUGGUGGACGUGGUGCACAGGGUGGCCAAUUCGCUGGCUACCAAUAAGGUGCGCGAACGGUCCGUGGACGCGUGUCGUUAAACGAGUGAAGAAGAUUUUUGCCAGAAGUUGAAGUACAGUUGUGCGUUGAGUGUUGAGUAAGAGAAAGUCAGCGGGUGAGAGCGGAUGUGAGUUAGUAGUAGAGAUGACAACAUGUAUUAUAUAGCAGUUUUCGUGGCUUGCGCGGCCUAUCGCCAAGCGAAACACUCGUCUUUUGCAUAAGUUUUUUUCUUUUAAAUAUUUUUUGGUUUAUUUUCCUCAAUUUUCAGUUUCCAUUGAUUUGAUUUUGUGUUAGUUUAAGCCAAACAGUUGAGAUUAUAAGCUUCAUUUAAUACGUAAGUGUGCGUGCUUUGCAAGCGCUUCGAAAGCGCCGCACAAAAGCUUUCACUUUCAUCUCAUUACACCAUUCGCCGCUUACGAUUUCGUGUGCGAGCGCCAAAUAGUUGACAUUAUUUCCGAGCCGUUUCCUCUCCGAUCUCUCUUUCUAACUGCCACAACCACAACAACAACUCGCUUCAUACUUCAACGCAAAGCCAACAAAUCAAUCAAACGAUGCCCGUCACUUGCCAUUUGUUUCCGCCGUCGUCAAACGUACGUACAUCAAAUCAAAUCAAAGCAGCAAACAAUUCCAAACACCAACAACAACAACAGCAGCAGCAGUAAGAACAACGCUUUGCGGCGGAACACAUUUGUUGUAAAAUUUGUUAUUCGUUAAACGUAGCAGCUAUCUCCAUCCAUCUAUCUUAGCCAAUAAGCACUCUCAUUUUAGUAUAUUUCAACUACAGCUUUUGAAAACUCACAACACAAAAGCCGACAAUUUGUAUAAAAUACCGACAUACACAUCGUACAUACAUACAUUCAUCUAACCAUAAACAUGCAUCCCUUAAGCU